GGUGACAGUCGCCAUUUUAUUUUGAAAAUCAAACUGAACUGGAGGCACAGCGACCCUUCCAUUUCGUCAAGUUUGUUGUGCGAAACAAGAAGGGAUGAAAACCUGAAUCACUUUCUUGGGAGCACGAUGCUGAACUUGAUUUUAAACUGAAGAACUCUACUUAGCACCGGGACCCACUGAUCGGAAAACUUAUUUGGAAGCCAACAUUUUUUUUACACCUUGGGGGGGAGCAGAAUUAACCUAUCACUGAAGGGACUAAAGGGGAAUAAUGGUGAUUUUGCGCCGUGCUCGGCCGCCUGCUUCCGCCCCAACUAGCAAUGAAUCUUGAUUCGCUUUCGCUGGCUUUGUCUCAAAUCAGCUAUCUCGUGGACAAUUUAACAAAGAAAAACUACCGAGCCAGCCAGCAAGAAAUACAGCAUAUUGUAAAUCGUCACGGCCCUGAGGCAGACAGGCAUUUACUACGCUGUCUCUUCUCUCAUGUGGAUUUCAGUGGUGAUGGUAAAAGCAGUGGCAAGGACUUUCACCAGACACAGUUUCUGAUCCAGGAGUGUGUGUCGCUGAUAUCCAAGCCAAACUUUAUCGCUACUCUGUGUUACGCCGUUGACAAUCCCCUGCACUACCAGAAGAGUUUGAAGCCAUCGGCCCAUUUAUUCACUCAACUGAGUAAAGUUCUUAAGCUCAGCAAAGUCCAAGAGGUGAUAUUUGGACUUGCUUUGCUCAACUCCAGCAACGCAGACCUUCGUGGUUUUGCUGCGCAGUUCAUCAAGCAGAAACUUCCGGACCUCCUGCGGUCAUACGUUGACGCGGAUCUUGGAGGAAACCAGGAAGGUGGCUUCCAAGACAUUGCCAUAGAGGUCUUGCAAUUACUGCUCUCCCAUCUACUCUUUGGCCAGAAGGGAGCCAGUGGGGUAGGGCAAGAGCAGAUUGACGCCUUCCUCAAGACACUUUGCCGAGAUUUCCCCCAGGAGCGCUGCCCUGUGGUGCUCGCACCACUGCUGUACCCUGAAAAACGGGACAUUCUCAUGGACAGGAUCCUGCCGGACUCGGGAGAGUUAGCUAAGACCAUGAUGGAGAGUUCUCUUGCAGAAUUCAUGCAAGAAGUUGGCUAUGGCUUCUGUGCUAGUCUGGAUGAGUGCAGAAACAUAAUCCUCCAGUAUGGGGUGAGAGAGGUGACCGCCAGCCAGGUAGCCAGGGUCCUGGGCAUGAUGGCUCGCACCCACUCUGGCCUAACCGAUGGCAUCCCGCUACAGUCCAUCUCUGCUCCAGGAAGUGGGAUCUGGAGCGACGGUAAGGACAAGAACGACGGCUCGCAGGCUCACACGUGGAAUGUCGAGGUUCUCAUCGACGUCGUGAAAGAAGUGAAUCCCAACCUGAACUUCAAAGAGGUGACGUACGAGCUGGACCAUGCGGGCUUUAUAAUCCGGGACAGCAAAGGCCUGCACAUCGUCGUGUAUGGCAUUCAGAGGGGUUUGGGCAUGGAGGUCUUUCCCGUCGAUCUCAUCUAUCGGCCAUGGAAACACGCUGAAGGACAGCUGUCGUUCAUUCAGCACUCCCUGAUGGGCCCAGAAGUGUUCUCCUUUGCAGACUACCCUUGCCACACUGUGGCCAUUGACAUCCUUAAGGCUCCACCUGAGGAUGACAACAGGGAGAUUGCCACCUGGAAAAGUCUGGACCUGGUGGAGAGUUUGCUUCGGCUAUCUGAGGUGGGACAGUAUGAGCAGGUGAAGCAGCUGUUCAGCUUCCCAAUCAAGCACUGUCCAGACAUGUUGGUGCUGGCAUUGCUGCAGAUCUCCACCUCCUGGCACACACUGCGCCAUGAGCUCAUCUCUACCCUAAUGCCCAUCUUUCUGGGUAACCACCCGAACUCUGCCAUCAUCCUGCACUACGCCUGGCAUGGACAGGGACAGUCUCCCUCCAUCCGUCAGCUGAUAAUGCAUUCAAUGGCCGAGUGGUACAUGAGAGGGGAGCAGUAUGACCAGGCCAAGCUGUCUCGCAUCCUCGAUGUGGCCCAGGACUUGAAGUCUCUAUCGAUGUUGCUGAAUGGAACUCCAUUUGCUUUUGUUAUUGACCUCGCUGCACUUGCCUCUCGCCGUGAAUACCUCAAACUUGAUAAAUGGCUGACUGACAAAAUCAGAGAGCACGGGGAGCCUUUCAUCCAGGCGUGUGUGACAUUCCUGAAGAGGCGCUGCCCAUCCAUCAUGGGGGGUCUGGCCCCAGACAAGGACCAGCCCAAAAGCGCCCAGCUGCCCCCGGAGACCUUAGCCACCAUGCUGGCCUGCCUGCAGUCCUGUGCUGGCAACGUCUCCCAGGAGCUGUCAGAGACGAUCCUGACCAUGGUUGCCAACUGCAGCAAUGUAAUGAAUAAAGCCCGACAACCACCACCAGGGGUAAUGCCAAAGGGACGUGCCCCCAGCACCAGCAGCCUGGAUGCCAUCUCUCCUGUACAGAUGGACUCCCUGUCCGGCAUGGGUUCCUUGAACCUGGGGGGCACAGCUCCCUCCCACACUCAAAGCAUGCAGGGUUUCCCAACCUCACUGAGUUCAGCUUUCAGUAACCCUCAGUCCCCAGCAAAGGCCUUCCCACCACUCACCAACCCAAACCCCAGCACACCGUUUGGGGGCAUUGGCAGCCUCUCCUCGCAGCUCCCUGGUAUGGACUCUGGUCCCUUGGGCACAGGCAUCGGCUCUGGUAUUGGCUCUGGUAUUGGCUCUGGUAUUGGCUCUGGUAUUGGCUCUGGUAUUGGCUCUGGUAUUGGCUCUGGUAUUGGCUCUGGUAUUGGCUCUGGUAUUGGCUCUGGCAUCGGCUCUGGUAUCGGCUCUGGCAUCGGCUCUGGCAUCGGCUCUGGCAUCGGCUCUGGCAUCGGCUCUAGUCUGGGGAUGCCAACUGUCAACACGGACCCCUUUGGCACCAGGAAGAUGAGCACACCAGGCCUGAACCCACCCACCUUUCAACAGACUGACCUUUCUCAGGUGUGGCCCGAGGCAAACCAGCACUUUAGUAAGGAGAUAGAUGAUGAGGCAAACAGUUACUUCCAACGCAUCUACAACCACCCACCUCACCCCACCAUGUCUGUGGAUGAAGUGCUGGAGAUGCUGCAGAGGUUCAAGGAUUCGACCAUCAAGCGGGAGCGCGAGGUGUUCAAUUGCAUGCUGCGCAACUUGUUUGAGGAAUACCGAUUCUUCCCCCAAUACCCAGACAAGGAGCUGCACAUCACGGCCUGCCUCUUUGGUGGCAUUAUCGAGAAGGGUCUCGUCACCUACAUGGCCCUGGGCUUGGCCCUCCGAUAUGUUCUGGAAGCCUUAAGAAAACCCUAUGGAUCCAAAAUGUAUUACUUUGGAAUUGCUGCCCUAGAUAGGUUUAAAAACAGACUAAAGGACUAUCCUCAGUAUUGUCAACACCUGGCUUCGAUUGCCCACUUCUUGCAAUUCCCCCACCAUUUACAAGAGUGUGUGCAGUAUAUCGAGUAUGGCCAACAGUCACGGGACCCUCCGGUGAAGAUGCAAGGCUCCAUCACCACCCCUGGCAGUCUGGCACUGGCACAAGUCCAGGCCCAGUCGCAGCAACCUGGUGUCCCCAAGGCCCCACAGCCAGGUCAGCCAAGCACUCUAGUCACCACCACGACGACAACGACCACGGUGGCCAAGACGCCUACCAUCACAAGACCAACACCCAGCACCUUCAAGAAGGAUGUGCCUCCCUCCAUAAACACAACCAACAUUGACACCCUGCUGGUGGCCACUGACCAAACAGAAAGGAUUGUAGAGCCUCCAGAAAAUGUCCAGGAGAAGAUCGCUUUCAUCUUCAACAACCUUUCCCAGUCCAACAUGACACAGAAGGUUGAGGAGUUGAAAGAGACUGUGAAGGAUGAGUUCAUGCCCUGGGUGUCUCAGUACCUGGUGAUGAAGCGUGUCAGCAUUGAGCCCAACUUUCACGGUCUUUACUCCAACUUCCUGGACACGCUCAAGAACCCUGAGUUUGUGAAGAUGGUCCUCAAUGAGACUUACAGGAAUAUCAAGGUUCUGUUGACCUCUGACAAGGCAGCUGCCAACUUCUCUGAUCGCUCCCUGCUGAAGAACCUGGGCCACUGGUUGGGCAUGAUUACACUGGCCAAAAACAAGCCUAUCCUCUACACGGACCUGGAAGUCAAGUCUCUGCUACUGGAAGCCUACAUGAAAGGCCAGCAGGAGCUACUGUAUGUAGUUCCCUUUGUGGCCAAAGUUUUGGAGUCCAGUCUACGAAGCAUGGUCUUCAGGCCCCAGAACCCCUGGACCAUGGCCAUCAUGAAUGUUCUCGCUGAGCUGCAUCAAGAACAUGACCUCAAGCUCAACCUAAAGUUUGAGAUUGAAGUUCUGUGUAAGAACUUGUCUUUGGACAUCAAUGACCUCAAGCCGGGGACCUUGCUGAAGGACAAAGAGAAGCUUCAGAGCCUGGAGGAGCAGCUGUCUGCACCAAAGAAGGAGGCAAAGCCUCCAGAGGAGAUGCUGCCAGUUGUCAGCACGGGAGACUUUGUUCCGUUUGCAGCCCCUCCCUCAACCCCUGCUGCCACCACCACCGCUUGCACAACCACCGGGCCCCCGACCCCCCAGUUCAGUUACCACGACAUCAACGUGUAUGCCUUGGCAGGCCUGGCUCCACACAUCAAUAUAAAUGUCAACAUCCCGCUGCUGCAGGCCCAUCCCCAGUUGAAGCAGUGCGUUCGGCAGUCGGUAGAGCGAGCUGUUCAGGAGCUGGUGCACCCUGUGGUGGACCGCUCUAUCAAAAUCGCCAUGACAACCUGUGAGCAGAUCAUCAGGAAGGACUUUGCCCUGGAUUCGGAGGAGUCCCGCAUGCGUGUGGCUGCCCACCACAUGAUGAGAAACCUGACCGCUGGCAUGGCCAUGAUUACCUGCCGCGAGCCCUUGCUCAUGAGCAUCGCCACCAACCUUAAGAACAGCUUUGCUGCUGCACUGAGGGCACCAACACCCCAACAGAGGGAGAUGAUGGAAGAGGCUGCAGCCAGGAUUGCUCAAGACAACUGUGAACUGGCUUGUUGCUUCAUUCAGAAAACAGCGGUGGAGAAGGCUGGCCCUGAGAUGGACAAGAGACUAGCCACGGAGUUUGAGCUGAGGAAGCACGCCCGCCAAGAGGGACGUCGCUAUUGUGAUCCGGUUGUCCUGACUUACCAGGCUGAACGUAUGCCUGAGCAGAUCAGGCUCAAGGUCGGAGGAGUGGACCCGAAGCAACUUGCUGUGUAUGAGGAGUUUGCCAGGAACGUUCCAGGUUUCUUACCCAGCAAUGAUCUCUCCCAACCCACUGGCUUCUUGGCUCAGCCCAUGAAGCAGCAGGCAUGGGCCACAGAUGACGUGGCUCAGAUCUACGAUAAGUGCAUGGCAGACUUGGAGCAACACCUUCACGCCAUCCCUCCAGCCCUGGCCAUGAACCCCUUGACCCAGGCUCUGCGCAGCCUGCUGGAAGCCGUGGCCUUGGCGAGGAACUCCAGGGACGGCAUCGCCGCACUUGGCCUUCUGCAGAAGGCUGUGGAAGGUCUUCUGGAUGCUACUAGUGGUGCUGAUGCCGACUUGCUGCUCCGCUACAGGGAAUGCCACCUGCUGGUGCUCAAAGCCCUUCAGGAUGGACGUGCCUAUGGACCACAGUGGUGCAAUAAGCAGAUAACCAGGUGUCUGAUUGAAUGUCGUGAUGAGUACAAAUACAACGUAGAGGCAGUGGAGCUUCUGAUCAGGAACCAUCUGGUCAACAUGCAGCAGUAUGACCUGCACCUUGCACAGUCGAUGGAGAACGGACUGCACUACAUGGCAGUCGCUUUUGCCAUGCAGCUGGUGAAGCUGCUGCUGGUGGAUGAACGCAGCGUCAGCCAUGUCACAGAGGCCGAUCUCUUCCACACAAUCGAGACUCUGAUGAGAACCUGUGCACACUCCAGAGCCAACGCACCGGAGGGCCUUCCCCAGCUGAUGGAUGUUGUUCGCUCCAACUAUGAGGCCAUGAUUGACCGGGCCCACGGAGGACCCAACUUCAUGAUGCACUCUGGGAUUUCGCAGGCGUCAGAAUAUGACGACCCUCCAGGCCUGAGGGAGAAGGCCGAGUAUCUCCUGAGGGAGUGGGUCAACCUGUACCACUCGGCUGCUGCCGGCAGGGAUAGCACCAAAGCUUUCUCUGCCUUUGUCGGCCAGAUGCACCAGCAGGGCAUCCUGAAGACGGAUGACCUGAUCACGAGGUUCUUCCGGCUGUGCACAGAAAUGUGCGUGGAGAUAAGCUAUCGGGCUCAGGCCGAGCAGCAGCACAACCCAGCAGCCAGCGCAGCCAUCAUCAGAGCCAAGUGUUACCACAACCUGGAUGCCUUCGUUAGGCUCAUAGCGCUGCUGGUCAAACACUCUGGAGAGGCCACCAACACGGUGACAAAAGUCAACCUCCUCAACAAGGUGCUGGGUAUCGUAGUGGGGGUGCUGAUUCAGGACCAUGAUGUCCGUCAGACAGAAUUCCAGCAGCUGCCCUACCACCGCAUCUUCAUCAUGCUGCUGUUGGAGCUCAACGCUCCCGAACAUGUUCUGGAGACCAUCAACUUUCAGACGCUCACCGCCUUCUGCAAUACCUUCCACAUCCUGAGACCCACCAAAGCGCCCGGCUUUGUGUACGCCUGGCUGGAACUCAUCUCCCAUCGCAUCUUCAUCGCCAGGAUGCUAGCGCACACUCCGCAGCAGAAGGGUUGGCCCAUGUACGCACAGCUGCUGAUUGAUCUCUUCAAGUACCUGGCCCCAUUCCUGAGGAAUGUAGAGCUCAACAAACCUAUGCAAAUCCUCUACAAGGGCACGCUGCGGGUGCUCUUGGUCCUGCUGCAUGACUUCCCAGAGUUCCUGUGUGACUACCAUUACGGCUUCUGUGAUGUUAUCCCACCCAACUGCAUUCAGCUCCGCAACCUCAUCCUCAGUGCCUUUCCACGCAAUAUGAGGCUCCCUGAUCCUUUCACUCCCAAUCUCAAGGUGGACAUGCUGAGUGAGAUCAACAUCGCGCCCCGUAUCCUCACCAACUUCACAGGCGUGAUGCCUUCCCAGUUCAAGAAGGACCUGGACUCAUAUCUGAAGACUCGUUCACCAGUCACCUUCUUGUCUGAGCUGCGCAGCAACCUGCAGGUGUCUAACGAGCCAGGAAACCGCUACAACAUCCAGCUGAUCAAUGCUCUAGUGUUGUACGUAGGCACACAGGCAAUUGCUCACAUCCACAACAAGGGCAGCACCCCCUCCAUGAGCACGAUCACCCACUCUGCACACAUGGACAUCUUCCAGAACCUGGCCGUGGACCUGGACACCGAGGGGCGUUACCUGUUCUUGAACGCGAUCGCCAACCAGCUGCGCUACCCGAACAGCCACACUCACUACUUCAGCUGCACCAUGCUCUACCUGUUCGCCGAGGCCAACACCGAGGCCAUCCAAGAGCAGAUCACCAGGGUUCUGUUGGAGAGGCUGAUAGUGAACAGGCCCCACCCAUGGGGUCUCCUCAUCACCUUCAUCGAGCUGAUCAAGAAUCCUGCCUUCAAGUUCUGGAGCCACGACUUCGUGCACUGUGCUCCCGAGAUCGAGAAGCUGUUCCAGUCAGUGGCCCAGUGCUGCAUGGGACAGAAGCAGGCCCAGCAGGUGAUGGAGGGCACCGGUGCCAGCUAGCCGGUGCACCAGCCAGCUCGUAGCCCUCGGGAGAAGACGCCGCGGCCUUGACUCACUCCCCCACCACCACCACACCCUCAACUGUCGGCACUGGAUAAACUGGCAACCACAGUCAUUUGAAAUGUGGAUGAAAUGACUACUGCUCACGGAUCUAAGGAGUUAGAUUUUUGUUUAUCCCUCUGGGGCUGAAUUGAGAUGGAGAGAAUGGAUUGGGACAUGCUGUUUAAUAUACUUUUUUUUUUUUUUUUUUUUUUUUUUUUUUUUUUUUGUUGUUGCUUUGAUGUAAAUAUUGAAAAAAAGGGAGAACGGGCGAGUAGAUGUGUGGAGAGCAAUGCACAUGUCGAAUAAAAUGUAUCCUGACAUGUAAAAGACAUGAAAACAUAUUUUCACUCACUACCAAAGUCCUUGGUUUGCUUCCCUCCCACACAAACCUUUUUUCCUGACUUUUUUUUGUUGCUUUCAGAGGCUGAAUGGUAGAUGAUUGAAGAAAAAAAAAAAGAAGCUGCCUGCUACUUUCAUUUGAUUCCUUUUUAUCCCUGAGUGGGACAGGAAGAUGAAGUUUAGUCUCCCAGGUGGGGUGGGGUCGACUCCGGGUGUGUCGGUGGAGACGGUUUGCUGAUGGUUCGUCCACGGUAAACCGGCUCGAAGUCUCUCCCUGGCACUUGUAAAUUGUGCAAAGUGAUGGCGACAUUGUAUCUUGACGAUUUGUACAAAGAUCCAAAUUGAAGAACAACAAUAGAAGGACCAAUACAGCCCAUUUUGUAACAUUUUGAAUGUUUUGUAAAUGUAUUGGUCCAUGUGUUGUAUUUUGUAGUCCUUUCUAGUUUGCCUUUAGUUCUUGCUACUUAACUGCAGAAUGCGUACAUACAGGAAAUAAAGCAUUCAAACUGCAA